AGAGAGAGAGAGAGAGAGGAGAGAGAGCGAGAGAGAGCGAGAGAGAGCGAGAGAGAGAGAGAGAGAGAGAGAGAGAGAAGAGAGAGAGAGAGAGAGAGAGAGAGAGAGAGAGAGAGAGAGAGAGAGAGAGAGAGAGAGAGAGAGAGAGAGAGAGAGAGAGAGAGAGAGAGAGAGAGAGAGAGAGAGAGAGAGAGAGAGAGGUAGCUAAAUGUACUCGGCGCCGCUGGUUUUUCCUUUUCCCCCCGUGAAAUUACAGAUCAACGUGUUGGUGUCUGUCUGACAAGCACAUAAGCGAUGGUAAUGAAUACGGGGCUAGGGGAGUGAUGAAAACAUUAUACCGCCCGUAAAACUUUCAACAUUUAUUGAGCAAAACUUUGGAUGCCUCCCCCGGGGCUGCUUUCCUACCUGCAAGAAAAAGCUAAUUGAAUUGUGCCCUGGAUAUCAUUUUAUUUAACUUAUUUUCAUUUUUUCAUAUGGCAGGGUUGUUCGAGGUGCCCUCCUAGGGGUUUUUCAAAAAAUUCAUUUUCUUUUGCAAUUAUUACUUCUCAGGUGUAUUUGUGUUUUAUUUAUUUAUUUAUAUUCCAGCAGGGCACUGCCUUUCUAUUUCUGCAAGGGGGCAAAAUGGAGGGGGAGGAAGGGGGGAGAGGGGGGAGGGGGACAGCUGCGAGACGAAACGGGUGUCGGUAAGCCCUUCAAACUCAUUUACUAUUCUUGUGGUACUCAAAAGAGUGAAGGACUUGUCAGCUUACUGGCGCAUAUAUUUUUCUAGCUCUGGGGCCCUUGUCAUCAAGUGAAUUUCGACUUGCACUAAUCAUAAUUUCUUGGUUUUAAAAAAUCCUCUUGUGGAAAUACGCUGUCAAAAAGUGUCAUUGUGCCAUCGUUGCCUACUCUACCUCAAGAUGUUGGUCCUUAUCAAUGUGCAAAAGCUGAAAAAGAAGCAGUGUUUCGCUGUAGUUUGGGGUGGAGUGAUGGCGGAUGUGCUCAAGAUUUAAGAAAAAGGAGCAAACCAUUUGGGUAGACUUUCUUUGCAAGACAGGCCUUCAAUAUAAUUAGUGCCACCAUGUAUGCACCACAUGAGUGGAACGUCAGUAUUUCCCUCUUGUGGGAAAAAAUAUCCUAUGCCUGCCACUCUAAAGGUGCGCAAUUCCUUUUAGAAGCAUUCUUUGUCAUAUUUGUUGUAAUUCUGUUUACACCCUGACAGCAAGCCAUAAAACAAAUGCUGUGACAAAUAAAGAAGUGAAUCUGCAAUCUGGCUGUCGCAGUGCUAUAAUAAGCCCUUCCAAUGGCCUACCGGUUUGUGAUUGUGGACCUAGCUACAUACCCUCCUACCUAUGCCUACAUUCCCUUCGGACUCACAGUGCAGGACCGGAGUCUUCCACUAGGAUAGGAAUGCCCCAUUGCUAAAGCUAGCGAGCUAGGCGCGUGUUUCAGGUGAGUGGCUUUGAAGCCUCUUCGGCUUUUUUCUCGAAAUUGAAUACUUCUUCAAGGAAUUCGAUUUAUUUUAAAAACAUGUAAAUUAAUAGGACAGUUUUCUUUACAUCGGGGUUGACCACACACCAGUCAGGACAAUGGUAGUGGAUGAAGGAUUAACAAUUCCUCAGUGCAUUCAGUUUAGUGUAGGCCUAUAAGGAAAGUGCUUCAAUAACUAUGUUAAGAUCAUAGCAAAUUAAAUUUUACUGAAGAUAAUCUGCUAAUUUACACUUGAAUUAGUCCUGUGGCUUGAAUGAAACCGUACACGCAUUAGCAAAUGUUUCUUUGCAGUGACAAGUACCAGACAAAACACCCACCAUCUUCUAACAAUGUACCCCCACAUUCUACUCUCUUCGCGUUCUCUCGGUUGCUUAAUUUCCCCUCACCCGGCGCCCCGUUGAUUGCAUUCAAAGCCAAAUUAGAGCUUUUCGACGUCAAGUACCUCGCAAUUAGUCACAUGGCUCUUGAUGUGGCGGCGGCUUUAAUGGAGGAUGUUGUCGGGGAUGAGUGGCAUCGGAGGGAGAUGGGAGGGCGCCGUGCUUUACAUGGGGGCGCCGUUGCACACGCAGCUAAUUGUGUUUAUUUAUCUUCAUUUGUUCAGAGCACUAAAUCGGUGCUCCUCCACAGACACGGGGCGCAAUUAGUUUAGCUGUGAAAACAAGAAGACCCCCCCCUCCGGAAUGACUCGUAUUCUUGGGUUUUCCGAGGCAAUCUGAGGGAACCUGGUAAGAAACGAAGCCGCUGAAUCUGUAGUCGUCCAUAACCCGUUGAUUGAAUGGGUGCCAAGUUAAAGCUAGGGUAGGCACAUUUGAGGGAACCAGCCUGGGUAAGCUCGAUUUUCAAAAUAUCCCACUAAAAUAUCGCCCUUCGUCAAAUGCCACUCAGCCAAAUUACCCGACUAGCUUGCUAGCUUAAGCAUAAUUCCUCCUAGUAUUUUCGGAAAAAACUGCGGUCCUGCGCCAUUAGUGCAUGGGCAGAGUGCACGCAGGUAGCCAGGUAAGUAGGUAGCCAGGUAAGUAGGUAGACAGGUAGGCCAUCCGGGCCUUAUUACAGGCCUGCGAAAGGCACUGGUAUAUUUUCUUUGUAAGAGCAUUUAAUUUAUUGGUUGCUAUUGGGAUGUCACCUAGGACAUAAAAAAUAAAUAACGGCUUAAACAAAUAAAUGAUCUAGCUUUAAGGUGUGGGGGGGGACGGACGGACGGACGACAUAUUACUUUUAGGGCAGUGAUUAUCAACCUGCCCCGUUUUAACCCUUCUCACUAUCCGUCCAGAUUGAGUGCCCAGCCUGACUCAAUGUUUUUAAUGUCUCUCCCACCUCCAAUACCAACACCUGUAUCAACCUUAUAUAUCACCUCUCGGCUCCACACAAGUACAGACCAACCCCCCCGCAUGAGUAAAUCUGUUGCGUCCACAGCGGAAAAUACACUUGAAGUCCAUAUAAGGCUGAGGAGAUGAACACACAGGCUAUUUUACAACUUCAAUGGAGGCCAGCACCUGUUCUCCGCACUCGCCCUCCCUCUCUUUCCUCUGCGGUGAUGGGUUUAUUUAAACUGGUGUUUCAUGGUGAGAAGUAAUUAACGCCUGGUCUUGGAAACAUUUCAGGGGGAGGGGGGGGGCGGGGUUUGUCGGUCUCUCCCAUUCCUAUUUCUCUCUUUGACCGGCCUCUUUAAAAUGCCGGCCUCUUGUUUCCACAUAUAUCCACAUUGUGGUCGUGAUGGACCGCGGUCACACCUGGCUCCACAAUGGGUCCCGACACGCCGCUCCGAAGAAUCAAAACAUUUGCUCGGUUUUUUGUUUUUGUUAUUACGGUUUCCCUCAAGAUGGAGGUUUGGACGGUGCAUUCUUUAUUGUUUGGAUGUUUCACGGACUUCUCCUCUGUGGAGAAGAAAAUGUGAGGAUGAAGUGCUCAAACAGGGCUACCUGUUGAUUUAGAAUGGAGCAGAAAAAACGGAUGAAGUCACAGUUUCCAUUGCGGUGAUGGUGGGGGAGUCACCAUAAACACACUGCAUACUGCACCGCUUUUACUUUAAACAAAAUGGCCGGGGCCGGAUGCACCCCUCCGGCCACCUGCGACUGAACCGAGAGGUUAUGCUCUCGUUCACACCUGUAUUUAUAGCUGCAUCAGCCAAGAGGAAUCUAAGUGGCAGGUCUGAUGACAGGGAGGGACAGGGUUUUCCCUCUCUCUAUCUCACUCUCCGUUGCGGUCCUCCCUUUCCGCCACCUGCCCUCCCUCUCUCUUUCUUUUCCUCUCCAUUCCGGUUUACUCUUUAUCUUUUUAUCUUGACGGGUUCUCUAUCUCUCUCUCGUUACAGUGCCCCCUCUCACUGCAACAAGCUGAUGUCCAGCCCCUUAAAUUGUCGUUGCCAUCUGGUUUUCCAGCCUAGAUUGAUCCUCAAAUUGUCCCCUCGGGGCCCAGACAACCCCCGGGCCCGCCUCCUGCUCCUGAGGGAACAGGGGGGAGCUCCGGCCCCUGGGGGCCCGACCCCUUAGUGGGUCUGGGCUUCGGGGGCCCGCUCACAAACACGGUUGAUUCACGGUAAAAGGUCAAGAGGAACAGGUUGUCAACGGCUGCAUGACCUACCCGGUGUGUUGCUUGUAAUGAAAUGAUCUCUUCUCAUCGAAUUACCUGCUAUUGAAUAACUAUACGUCACAUCUGCUGCCGAAAGAUGGGGAAAAUAAAUCCAGGUCUUUUAAUCUUGGGGUCAUUUUCAGGCAUUUUGGAAGUAUAAUUAAUUCUAAGAUCCCUCCCUGUACUAACUUCCGCUAAAAAGCAACCUAUAAUAUAGGUAUUAUAGAGGUAUUCCGUCGUUUUUGUAUGAAGUAUGACAUUGGAAUUCAAGUAUGCAAUUGUUGUAUGCUGUUGAUACCAUAGUAUGCGUUUGCAAUGGCCACAUGCUGUUGAUAUUUCAGUAUGCUAUUCUAGUAGGCUAUUGUAGCAUGCUGUUUGCAUUGAAAGGCCGUUGAUGUUGUGUGUAGUACAGUGCAGUGUGCAGUUUCAUAUUGAAGCUUGCUAUUGUAGUGCUACGGUAUUGAAGUAUCCCGUUGGUGUGGUAGAAUGCAGUCGCUAUUGUAGUAUGCUGUUGCUUUUGACGGGAAGGGGGGGGGGGGGGGGGGGCUGGUCAUGCUUUUAAUCUGUGUGUUUUGUCACAGCAUUGCACUGUUUGGUGCGGCGUUCAGCCCCUCGUUUAUAUCUGUGUGCGUGCGAUGCGAGUGUGUGUGUGUGUGUGCAUGGGAGAAGGAAAGAGGCAGAGGCUGGGGAGUAGUGUAGGCCGUCUGAUGUUUGUGGACGUGAGUGUGUAACGCUAAGCGUCCCUCGAGGGGGAGACGAAGUGGUGGAGAUGGGGCAUGGAGACGGGGAGCUGGAUGGAGAGCAAGGGGCCGUGGUGGAGCCACAGUAAACGGGGCGAGGGAUGCGGGGGUGUUCAUGUGCUAAAAGCUUAUAAUCCUCUGGUCCUUUGUGUGGGGACAGAAGCCCCCCCCCCCCCCCCCCCAGGGCAGGAU